AUGAAGUUGUUGAUCAUCGCAAUGCUGGUAGUCGGGGCAGCCGCAGACUCAGACUCAGAGGGAGAACGGAUCAUUGGAGGAAGAAACUGCCGCUUUGGCUCGCGGCCCUACCAGGUGGCUCUCCUGAGGAACGGCCGUGUCACCUGUGGCGGGAGCCUGAUAGCCCCGAAGUGGGUGCUAACUGCUGCGCACUGCAGCAGACGAGGGAUCAGCUCCCUGCGGGUGCAUCUGGGGGAUUAUAAUCUACGGGUGAAAGAACCCACAGAACAGAUACGAAGAAUCCGCAAUUUCUUUGUGCACCCCAGUUAUAACCUCUGUCCUCGUGACAAUGACUUCAUGCUUCUGGAGUUGGAUAAGCCCGCUCAGCUCAACAACUACGUGAACACAAUCAACCUGGCUACCCGUUGUCCCUCUCCUGGAACACGAUGCAGUGUGUCGGGAUGGGGCACCAUCAGGUCCCCCCAAAGGCUGCGCCCAGCCAUCCUGCAGUGUGCAGAUGUCUAUAGCGUCAGCCAGGCCAGGUGCCAGGACGUUUACCGGGGCAGGAUCACGGAGAACAUGUUCUGCGCUGGCGUGGAACAGGGUGGCAUAAGCUCAUGCAAGGGGGAUUCAGGAGGCCCACUGGUCUGCAACGGGCAGCUGCAGGGCGUGGUCUCCUGGGGGAAGUCUGUCUGUGCCCUGCCGGGACAGCCCAGGGUCUUCGCCAAUGUCUGCAAAGCUGCCGAGUGGGUGAGGAGCACCAUAAGGAGGAAGUGUGUCAGAUCGGACUGA